AUGUUGAUUGAACGCAGACCCUACGAUCUUGACUGGAAUAGUCGGAACGAAAUCAAAUCCUAUGCUACGAAGGCUGCCGUGCCAUACGUUAAAGACGAUGGACGCCCAAGUUUCACAGGAGCACAAAGUGCGGUCUACAGGGCAACCAUAACAACUACAACAGGUCUGCUGCGUCGCAUCCAUGUCGACGAGUUUGCAAUCAAGGAGAUACGGCUGGGAGAUAUUCGAGCGCGGGAGAGAUUAAGAGAUGAGAUCAAACACCUCCGACUUUGCGAUCAUCGGAAUAUUUUGAGGCUACGAGAGGCUUAUACAAUUGAUGAGGAGCAAUGGACCGAUACCACAUUCCUUGUGACUGAGCCGUGGGCGCAGGCAUCGCUUCAGAGAUUCAUAGAGAAUGUGGCCAACUCUAAGGACGGGGGAAGCUCGCUGUGCCCUUGGUACAUCCCGCAAAAUCUCGAGCCUUGGCCUGACGUUGUCCGACAAUGUAUCCUUGGAGUAAAGCACUUACAUGAGAAGACAAUCAAGCACAAGGACCUCAAGCCAGAUAACAUCCUCCUAUUCGAUGAGUCAAAUGGUGACUACUCACAUCCAAAAGUUCGCCCUAUUAUUGCAGAUUUCGGAAUCAGUAAGGGAUAUGUCGUCGGGGCCAGAACCAGCUUUCAAGGCACCUACCAAUACUUGGCACCUGAGCAGGUUGCUGAAGAGUCCAGCACGCAGCAGUCAGACAUCUUUUCUCUUGGCUGCUGCUUUGCGUGGAUUCAAUCAAUCUUAUGUUCCAAGCCUUGGAAGGCAGGCUCAGAGAAGGAACAAGGCAUUUUACGGCUGGACAGCGAAGUUUGUGUUGGGUUUUCGAAAGCUGCAGCAAGCAUUCCGAACCUUUUAAAAGAGUUGCGCAUAGAAGUGAGCCCGAAGAGACCCGAGAAAGUUCAAUUUCUUUUCGUAAUGGAAGACAUGAUUACAACUAUGCUCGUGGCGACCCCUAGCCAACGAGCAAACCUAGGAGACCUACUAAAAGAACUUGACUUAUAUGAAGCUACUUGUCGCCAGACCAAACAGCAAAAGUUCCUCGACCUGUGUAUCACCAGCGGACGAAACACGAUAGCGAUGGAGAUUGAUAUCUCCGACAUCUCAACAGACACUGAACUUUUCAAAGCAAUCAAACGACGAUAUAUAGCCUUGGAUCGCCAUUCCAACUUACGUUGGUUUAUCAGGCUUCUAGGUAUAUCAGACAUCACUGAUGUCCGGUUUGUCAAAUUCGCACUCAGUAACGGUGUCUUUGGGGUUCUUGAUGGACCAAAUUCAAUGCCACCAGUGUCCCUCGUAGGGUUGCAAGAAUACGACUACUCCCCUAGUCCAAUGACUGAGGUGCCUAUCCCCCGGAAUAUCUUUAUUCCGCUUCUCUCAGCGGCAACUAUUCAUCCGCCGACCGAGGGGCUCUGGAAUUGGUUUGCGUGCCGUCUUACAGGUACACGCGUACCAGAUAAAAGCUCAUCGACCCAUUUUUGGCUCGAUCGUAUCCCCAAACGGCUUUACGUCACUGGUCAUCGCGGACAUGCAGCUGAGGCGACAGAAAGACAAUCUGACAUUGUUGGAUGGGGAAUAGAGAUUGUCCAAGAUAUAAGAGAGAUCUUUUUAAUGAAUUACCCGUCGCUCUGCUGGGCGCUGAAUCUAGCACGUAUUCCUGAUGCCAUUAUCAUCCACACAAGCCCUGACCCGGGCGCGAUAGAUCUCGCCCAGCCCAUCCCGCCACGUGUUCGGCUUGUAGCCGUUCUUGCCGCCGACCUGGAGGUAGGCGUAGACUUCGUGGCUGUCGCAGGCCGUGUCGCCCACGGUGCAGUGCGCGUGGUCCAGCGUCGAUUUGCUCAGCCAGCGCCAUUGGCAGUUUGCUGCCACGCCGGCGUCGGAGACGCGGGAGGGGUCGGCUUGCACGACGAUGCGGCGGGGGAGAGGGCUGCUGCGUCUGGGUCGGCUUCGGGUUCGGGUUCGGGUUCAGGUGCGGGAUCUGCUUCGCGUGUGAGGAUGACGGUAGAGCUGGCCCAGAGACCGCCGGCGGGGGAAGUGCCCGAGGAGCGGGCUUCGCGGUUCGUGAUGGUAUCGGAAGGGAAGGGCGCGGCGGGGACGCCCCUACUGAAAAGAUAUAGUGCCAGAGCACAUGUUGCGAAUAAGGUAGAUGGUCUUGACAGCAUGGUGCUUUGA